UGUGACUGGCCGCGGACGACGGACCUGGCCGAGCUGGGCUGGCUCUCCGCGCGUUUCCGAACCAGCCGGAGGGCGUAAGCGGGGCUGAGUGGGGCUGCCGGAGAAGGAGGGUGUCCGUGUUUCUUGGUGGGCCCAGCCCCAGCAGCCCCUGGAUAGGGAGAAGAAGGGAGGAAAGAAGGACGGGCGAGGAGGAGGCUCCAUUCAGUCUCUUGAGUGUGUGAGCAUCCUUUUAGUGUUGCUGCUAAUUGGAACCCUCCCACCCAGGUGGGUGGGGGUGGCUCGAUACACGCUGCCAUGCAAAGUGGGGAAUCUGUGUCGGCAGCUACGUCGACGGCUAUGAAAGUCUCUGAAAGUGAAGGCAAGCUGGAGAACUUGCUCCCCACCCAGAAUUGCACAAGCAAGAGCAGCAGUAGUAGUGGCAUCAGCAGUAGUGGGCUCAGUAGCAGCCGAGGUGGAAGCAGUACAAAAAGCUGGCAGUACAGUGAUCACAUGGAAAAUAUUUCUGGCUAUUUAAUGAAAUACACAAACCUUGUCACAGGCUGGCAGUAUCGGUAUUUUGUCUUAAACAAUGAAGCUGGCCUCUUGGAGUAUUUUGUAAAUGAACAGUUCAGAAACCAGAAACCUAGAGGUACCUUACAACUUGCCGGAGCAGUUAUAUCCCCUAGUGAUGAAGAUUCUCAUACCUUCACGGUGAAUGCUGCUAGUGGAGAGCAAUAUAAGCUGAGAGCUACUGAUGCCAAAGAGCGACAGCAUUGGGUCAGCAGGCUUCAGAUCUGCACCCAACACCAUACUGAAGCAAUUGGAAAGAACAAUCCUCCUCUGAAAUCUCGCAGCUUCUCUCUUGCAUCUCAAGGAAGUGGCUCUCCUGGUGUGCAGAGAAGACCCAGCCAAAAUGCAGCAUCUUUUUUUAAUGUUGGCCAUCACAGAUUGCCAACUGGGAAGAGAAUUCCCAUUCUUCAGCCAGAUCAUUUAAUUGAUGUACGAGAGAAGAUGUCUCAAGCUGAGGGGCAGCAGAGAGAUUUGGUAAGAAGCAUAGAAUGCCUUCCUGCCUCUGGUCAACUUUCUUCUUUAGACCAAGAUCUGUUGAUGCUCAAGGCAACCUCCAUGGCAACAAUGAAUUGCUUAAAUGACUGUUUCCACAUUCUUCAGCUACAGCAUGCAUCACAACAGAAGGGAUCCUUAUCUACUGGAACAACUAUCAGUUGGUUGGAGCCAAAAAUCUCCCUGCCAAACCACUUCAAAAAUGGAGCAGAUCAGAAUUUUUCAGCAGAUCAGAACAAGCCAUCAUCUGUCAGAGAGGAGCAGUCUAUUUCAGAUUCCAGUCAGCUGACCAGGGAGCCAGAGGAAAUAAAACCAGAUGAGGAACUAGAGGAUACGUGUGAUAAUAAAGAGGAUGACCUUGGCGCUGUGGAAGAACAGCGUAGUGUUAUCUUGCAUCUCCUGUCUCAACUCAAACUUGGCAUGGACUUAACAAGAGUGGUUCUUCCCACUUUUAUUUUAGAGAAACGCUCUUUGCUAGAAAUGUAUGCCGACUUCAUGUCCCAUCCAGAUCUCUUCAUUGCAAUUUCAAAUGGCACGAGCCCUGAAGAGAGGAUGAUCCGCUUUGUUGAGUAUUACCUCACUUCCUUUCAUGAAGGUCGCAAAGGGGCAAUUGCGAAAAAACCCUAUAAUCCCAUCAUCGGGGAAACAUUUCAUUGCUCAUGGAAGACACUGAAGAGCAACGUGCCAUCUGACACAAACAGUAACUCUUCCUCCCAUUCCCUCUCUGAGCAAGUGACUGUCUCAGAAGAGACACGGGACCAAGCAGAGUCGGACAGUUACACAGUCAGAUUUGUAGCUGAGCAGGUGUCUCAUCAUCCUCCAGUCUCAGGGUUUUAUGCUGAAUGUGUAGAGAGGAAGAUGUGUGUUAAUGCUCAUGUCUGGACAAAAAGUAAAUUCCUAGGAAUGUCAAUAGGAGUGACGAUGGUUGGAGAAGGUAUUUUAAGUCUUCUGGAACAUGGAGAGGAAUACACAUUUUCCCUGCCUUGUGCAUAUGCUCGGUCAAUUUUGACUGUCCCUUGGGUGGAACUGGGAGGAAAAGUCAGCGUUAAUUGUGCAAAAACAGGAUAUUCUGCUAGUAUCACUUUUCAUACAAAGCCAUUUUAUGGUGGCAAGCUGCACCGUGUUACUGGUGAGGUAAAGCAGAAUGCUACCAAUACUGUGGUUUGUCGAGUGCAAGGUGAAUGGAACAGUAUCCUUGAAUUUACUUAUAACAAUGGAGAGACAAAAUGCAUGGACUUGUCAAAACUGACUGUGACAAGGAAACGAGUACGACCAAUUGAGAAACAGGGGCCAUUUGAGUCCAGGAAACUCUGGCAGCAUGUGACAGAGUCCCUGAGGGAAGGGGACAUUGAUAAGGCAACAGAGCAUAAGAAAGCACUUGAGGAACGGCAGAGGAAUGAGGAGCGCCUCCGGGCUGAGACAGGCACACCAUGGCAUACGAAGUACUUCAUUAAAGAUGGAGAUGGCUGGGUUUAUUAUAAUCCCCUUUGGAAAAGAAUGCCUGCUGUACAAAAUCAAGAACUGGACACAAACUAGAUGACAUUUCUUCAAAAUUAUUUGUGUCUUUUGUCUAAUCCAUACAACUUCCAAAAUGCUGUAUCUCACUAAGAGUCCUUUGGAAUUUUUUAUAUAAUUGCACAAAAUUAAAUAAGCAUAAAGGAAUAAAACUAUUAGGGCACUUUAAAGUUGCAGAAAAUCUAAAGGUAGAGAGAGAACCAUCAUUCCCACCCACCAAAAAAAACAAACAAAACAUUUUAUAUGGCACUCAAGAUUUUAUCUGAACUAUAAAUUGUGUUCUUUCUAAGCACACUACCGCAAAAGCUGCCUAGGAUGUUUUUUAAAGCAAAAACUCUACCUGGAAGCAGUGGCAUCCAGAGCUGCUGUGCUGUUUUGCCCAAGUGGACUUACCUCUGGAGUAAUAGCUGAACAGUGUUUCAGAACCUGUGCUUCAGUUUCCACUCAUUUCUGAAUGGCUCAAACCCCAUGUAAAAACACCUUUUGCUGCUCUGAAUAACCUCAUAGAAGACCACGAAGAGGAAGCUUUUCCUAAGCUUAACCUUGAAUUCAGUGUUAUGAACUGUCUGGAUCUGGAGUUGAUACUACUUUUUAAAAUUAUUCUUCAAAAGCAGUGAGUACAUGGCUGUGGAAGAAGGAUGGACUCAUGUAAGCCACAUCUUUUAAAAACAUUCUAAAAUAGAUUAGAUAUGUAACCAUGUUCCCCCACCAUAUAUAUUUAUGGAAGAGUUGAGAGCUAUCUGAGAAAGGGGUAAAAUUCAGAACCAUUUUCACCUACGGAAUUCCUUCCCAGCAUCAUUCCCUUAGUGAAUUGCUCCUAAUGGCUUCAUGCUGUAAAGAACAUGAUGAUGUUCCAUCUCUUUAAAGAGCAAGGCCUAGACCUGAAUGACCUGUCCUUAAAAAAAGAAAAAAGAGAAAAAAAGGUGUAAUCAUUUCCUUCUGCUCUCUGCCCCCCCCACUCUCCCUUCUCUUUGGACCAUCUCUGAGACACAGUCAGUGGUACAGACUGUCCAGACAAGUAAUUUCAUUUGCCUUCUCUGUUUGUUCACAGUCAAACGCCCGUGUGUUCCCACUGAGUACAAAGACUGUCACUUUGUUUUUUCUAUAGUACCUGAAAAGGGUUGCUUUUGCUAUGGGACUGCAUUCAUAACCAAAUGCAAUCUGAUAUAAGGAAACCAUGUUCAGGUAAAAUGUCCCUUGUUUUUUAUGAUACAUAUAUUUUAUUGAAAUCUAAGAAUUGCUGGCAAUUAUGAAUAGUACUGAUUUAUGGCUUUCAUUCUUGUUGUUACUACAAGCUACCUUAAUUUUUCUAAGAGUGGUGCCUUACUCUUUCUUCUGAUGUAGUCUUCCAAUCAGUGUAUAUACCAUAAUCUGUCACCUUCUGGUUCUUGUCAAUAGCGGGGCUUCUCCCUAUCAUGAAAAUUGGGUGUGUGCUGGUCAAGUAUUUUAUUAUUUUUCUUCCAUAUUAAGGGAAACAUCAGAUUGUAUCCAAGAGUGGCUAAAUAACCAUACUUUUUUUCCCACAAAGGCUAUGGAGUGUGCCGAGAAAGAAGUUUGGGGUUUUAUGCACAUGUGUUAAGAUUCCCUUGUACUUUUUUUUUUUUUUGCUGUGAAUGCACUGAAAUCUUAAUGCGAGCAGUGUACAAUUCCAUGUAUAAGAAAUGGAGAGGAAAGGAAAUAAAACUACCAAAUGGAA